CACACACACACACGCCCACAGCACUGCUUCCCCCUCUCUCUUCUUCCUCCACAAGGAACCAAGCAUCACUCUUUGCUUGACCGUGGCGCCAGAAUCGAGCUCGGAUGCGCGCGGCUGUCUCGCCGGUGGCUGCUUCGCGUUCGUCGGUAGGUUGCGGCGCUGUUGCUGCCCAUAUGGGCUCCCAGUGGCCGGGGCUGGCUGGGCUCCCAGGAGCCGGCCUCCCCGCCUCCUCCAACAUCGCCUGGAGAGGAGCUCCUCUGUGCUUCCUAGCCGCCUCCUCCAGCAGAGAAGGGAGUCGCCACAUGGAACACAACCAGAACGCCUCGCCUUGGAGCUCGCUGCCUCCGGUAACCUCUCUGUCGGCCUCGUGCUCCUCUGCCUCGAGCGCCGCCUCCUACCCGUCGUCCAUCUCCUGGAGGUGCCUGUCAGGCAGGGGUUGAUGCUUAUCCUCGACUCUCUCUGUCAGCUCUCUCCUUCUCCAGGCCGAGGAGGAUGAAUGGGGCUAUCGCAGGUCGGCCGCUACGUCCGCGUUGACUGCGGGCGAGCGCGCACGACCGACACAUACGACCCCGCCUCUGCUCCUACUCAUUCUCUGUCAC